CCGGCCCAAAUUAUGCCGAACUCCUAUCGGGCAAUGGCGGAUUUUAUUUGCCGUUGUAAAGAUGCCGGUGCCCGACCAACCUUAGAUCUAUUCCACCAAUUUUUUAAGGUAGCCCCUCAACAAACGCAUGGCUAUCUGGCCACUAGUGCCCGAACGGGACAUAUCCUGUUCAAGGGCAAUCCGAAUUCGAUCAAAGGGUGGAAAGAUCGGUUCUUCUUCGUGUCUGUCCCGGACGGCCUAGUCCCCCGCAAAUGGAAUGCCUUUCCCCGCAAAACUCCUGAUCCAGUCCUUACUGAAGAAAUUUACAAGGAUGUGCUUGUUGUGGAGAAGGAUAAAUGCGUGGAUAUCAUGAGUUAUCUGACUCCCGAUCGGCUAAUCGAAGCCGGGAUAGGUACUGCCCGUUCUCUUGGGUUUACUUGUUUUGAGAAAUCAAGUGCCAUGGUCCGGGCGGUCCUUCCCGUGCGAGAAACGUUCUCAUCUGUUUUCUAGUUUCUCACAUGCCAAGGCCGCUCGGUACUAACAUUUUCCUUAGUCAUUUUUCCGCACCAAAUCCAGACUUACCCAUGGAUAACAACAGAGUUCUCGCAGCUGGUGGGGUUGGCAAGUGGAAGAAAGCCAGGAAGAACCCCCCAACCUACUCCCUCUACUAUUAUUGCUGAGGAUGCUGGGUCUUCUCAACCAGUUCCAGAGCCACAGCCACUGCAACAGGUCCAUCAGGACCAAUUCGAUGCCAUGUUGGUCGAUGAUCGGUUUUGUUCUGAUCAGAUGCAACAAUUUCCUGAGCACUUCCAAGCUGCUCAAGAGACCGGUCAGGGUGCGGGUGAUAUACCCACCGUCCAGCUGUCUGGCCAGGUUGACCGGAUCUCACUGGCGGAUCUGGUUCAUGAUGUUGUAGAAAGAGGUGGAUGCUCAGCAAGCCAGAUUUGGUCUACCUCCGCUUUCUUCAACAAUUUCACCGUUCCUAAGCUGUCGGUCGAGCAAUCUGAGGAAUGCUUGGCCUUAGCAGCUCUGAAGGUUGGGCUUUACAGUUUGGAGCUGAAGGAAGCUCGACUGGCUAAGGAGCGGGAGCUGAUCGUCGCUCAGACUUCAGCAGAGCAGAAUGCAGUUGCUGCUUUUACUGCUCUGGAAUCCGAACGGAAAGCCUCUGCGGAGGAGAAAAAACGCCUCGAGUUGGAGCUUGGUGAACUCCGGGUUCAGCUCGGGGCCUCUCAAUCCAAGGUUCAUGCUGCCGAAGCUGCCUUGGUUAAGUUUGAAGAGCACGUCCCUCGUAUCCCCG